AUGGAGAUCAAGAUACGAUUCCUGCCUGAUUCUGACAUGGUGAUGGAGGUACGAUUCCUGCCUGAUUCUGACAUGGUGAUCGAGGUACGAUUCCUGCCUGAUUGUGUCAUGGUGAUCGAGGUACGAUUCCUGCCUGAUUCUGACAUGGUGACCGAGAUACGAUUCCUGCCUGAUUCUGACAUGGAGAUCGAGGUACGAUUCCUGCCUGAUUCCAAUAUGGUGAUCGAUGUACGAUUCCUGCCUGAUUCUGACAUGGAGAUCGAGGUACGAUUCCUGCCUGAUUCCAAUAUGGUGAUCGAUGUACGAUUCCUGCCUGAUUCUGACAUGGAGAUCGAGGUACGAUUCCUGCCUGAUUCUGACAUGGUGAUCGAGGUACGAUUCCUGCCUGAUUCUAAUAUGGUGAUCGAUGUACGAUUCCUGCCUGAUUCUGACAUGGUGAUGGAGGUACGAUUCCUGCCUGAUUCUGUCAUUGUGACCGAGGUACGAUUCCUGUCUGAUUCUGACAUGGUGAUCGAGGUACGAUUCCUGCCUGAUUCUAAUAUGGUGAUCGAGGUACGAUUCCUGCCUGAUUCUGACAUGGUGAUGGAGGUACGAUUCCUGCCUGAUUCUGUCAUUGUGACCGAGGUACGAUUCCUGCCUGAUUCUGACAUGGUGACCGAGGUACGAUUCCUGUCUGAUUCUGACAUUGGGAUCGAGGUACGAUUCCUGCCUGAUUCUGACAUGGUGACCGAGGUACGAUUCCUGCCUGAUUCUGACAUGGUGAUCGAGGUACUCAAGUACACAGAGAGUGAGGGAAGAAACUGA